UCCCUUUCUUUCCUUGUAGUGUGAAAGGUUUGAUCACUAAGCAAAGCCUUUGCCUCUCUCUCUCUCUCUCUCUCUCUCUUCCCUGUUUUUCUUAUUAACCCCACCAUCAAAUGUCCCCAACCUGCAACAGAUUCACCAAACAAAAACUAAAAAACAAACUAACUCCUACGGAAAAACAAAAGUCACUCUUUUCAUCUUAUCCCCCACCCUCUUUCCUCCCUCUAUUCCCUUCUCUUUCUGUUCUUCCAUCCCAAAAUUCAAGUGAGAAGAGAAAGAACAUAUGUGGCAAGCUCAUGCCUGCAAGUCUUCUUAUGGAGAAUCCAUCAAAGCUCUUGAAGCUGAUAUCCAACAUGCCAAUACCUUCUGCUCUUCCCAGAGAUUAUGGUGGGAACUGUAUCCAAAUGAGAUUGUCUUACAGCCCCUUUGCACCUUUCUUCCUGUAUCUCAUUGAAUGGAUGGAUUGUAGUUGCACUGAUGUACUUCCCAAUUAUUUAGGCCUUCUCCACAUCCUUGUACACAAGGUAUAUGUCGAUGGGAUGCCUUCAUUGUCCUCCAAAGAACAGAAGGUCACUUUAAGGGAAUUUUACGCUGUAAUAUACCCUUAUCUUAGGCAACUUGAAGGCGAAUUUAACGAACUGGAAGAUAAUAAUAAUAAGAGAAGUCGAUGCACAGAUGUUUUGGGCAGAAAGAGGAUGGAAGACCAAAGGAAGCUUUCGGAUAAAGAUCUUGAGAGAGAAGAUGAAUGUGGGAUAUGCAUGGAAAACUGUACAAAGAUGGUGUUGCCUGACUGUGGGCAUUCCAUGUGCCUCACCUGCUUCCAUGAUUGGAAUGCAAGAUCGAAAUCCUGCCCUUUUUGCCGCGGCAGCCUAAAGAGUGUUAGCUCCAGAGAUUUGUGGGUUCUCACUAGCAUCGGUGAUGUUAUUGAUGCAGUAACCCUUGCGCAGGAGAACCUAAGACGUUUCUAUCUUUAUAUUGAAAAUCUACCUGUAAUUGUGCCGGCAACGCAUAUUGUGGUAUACGAUUACAUGCUCUGACUCACAACAUGAAGAAUGAAGUUGCAAAGUACACAAAUUACUCAUUACCCCAAUGUAUAUAUAGCCUAAUAUAGGGAAGUUCAAUGUAAACUACCAUGCCGGGUUGACGAGCUGUCUCAUGGUAGCUGUAUAUAGUCAACUAAAGUACCGAAUGCCUGUUUUCAGACGAUAAGCUGGUAGCUUUGGAGAUUCUUGAGUUGCAUAUGAGACUAUGGGAGCAUCCUGCCCAUCUCCAAUGACUAAGGCACCUGCAAGUCUCUGGCGGAAGCCCUGGAUAUAUGUAUAUAUAACAGGUAAGCCUGGCAUUCAACUCAGCUUUUUGGAACCUGAGUGUUGGAAUGGAAGUAAUCAUGGUUUCUGCUCAAUUACUUGAUGAUCUCUUAUAAAUUAAUGAAGUUUACAGUAUUUAUAUACCACUUGAUAACAGAAUGUAAGUGCUUAUGCUACUGCAAUAGAAUUAUUUCGUUAAGAAUGUCAUGUCACGAUGGAACUUCGUUUUAAUGAAACUCAUUAUAUAUAUA